AUGAGCCGCAAGAGGACAGAACGAGACUUCAUUGCUGCCGACGACGAGCCGGUCUCGGGCGAGGAGCUGGGCGAGGGAGACGAAUCGGACCUGGAGAACGACUAUAGCUCGGAUGAGGGACUGGGACGCAUGCGGGGCGCAAGGGGCGCAAGAGGUGGAGCAGGAGCGAACGGCAAGGGCGUCAGUACGCGGUCAGCGAGCUCGAGGGACAAGGGGAAGGGCAGGGCAUGGGAGGGCCAGUUCGAGCGGACGUGGGAUAUGGUCCAGGAGGACGAGCGAGGGACGCUGGAAGGCGCAGUGAGCGAUAUGCUGCUGACGAGCAAGUCGCGGAGGGUUCUGCGCGACACGGCUUCGAUCCAGCGCGGCAUCAUCCGACAUGUCUACCUCGUCAUCGACUUGUCGAGCGCGAUGCUCGUCCGAGACUUCAAGGCGACGUGGCUAGACCUGACCCUGCAGUACGCGCAGGACUUUGUCAACGAGUUCUUCCAGCAGAAUCCGAUCGGCCAGAUGGCCAUCAUGAUCACGCGAGACGGCCUCGCAGAACGACUAACGCCCUUGAGCGGCAAAAAGCUCACAGGCAACCCGGCGGAUCACCUGAAGGUGCUGCAGAACAAGAAGAAGCUUGAGGCGCGAGGGUCGCCUAGUCUGCAGAACGUCCUCCAGCUCGCGAAGACUGGCCUGUCACACCUCCCGCCACACGGCUCGCGAGAAGUCAUCGUCAUUCUCAGCUCGCUCACGACGACGGAUCCGACCAACAUCCACCAAACAAUCGCCGAAACCGAAGCCGAGCGGAUACGAGUCAACAUCAUCGGCCUGAGCGCCGACAUGAAGAUCUGCCGCGACAUCUGCGAGCAGACGAACGGCGUCUAUCGAGUCGCUCGAGACGACCUCGCCUUCCGAGACCUCCUCUUCGAAUUCGUCCUCCCACCGCCUACCUUCGCCCCGUCUAAGUCGCAUGUCCUUGGCGGUCCCUCGCCAGCAGCGCCGACGUCGUCGGCAGACCUCAUGCAAAUGGGUUUCCCUGGCCUCAUCAGCUCGACCUUCCCGGGCGUCUGCUCGUGUCACGGCAAGCUCAAGACGGUCGGCUACAGCUGCCCGCGGUGCAAGGCGAGGUUGUGUGACGUGCCGACGGAGUGCCGAGUGUGCGGUCUGACGGUCGUCAACGCACCGCAACUGGCUCGAAGCUACCGUCACCUCUUCCCAGUCACAAACUACGAGCGUGUGAUGCAACCCUCAGACGACGAUGCCCCCUCCUGCUUUACCUGCGCCUUCCCUUUCACUACCCUUGCACAUGCCGUCCAGUCCGCACAACUAGGCGACCUCUCUCCACUCGGCCGAUAUCGCUGUCCCAAGUGCACGCAUCACUUCUGCCUCGAGUGCGACAAGCUCGUCCACGAUGCGCUCGGGUUCUGUCCGGGUUGUUGCGAGUAG